AAUGUUGAAUAUAAAGUUUGGGUUGUCUGCUUCUUAUCAGCGCUGCAGACUGAGAGACGGAUUAACCGCAACUCUUGUGCCAGAUUUAUUUUACUUAACUGGAUGCAUGUUUAACCUUGUGGAUUUAACCUUGUGGAUUUAUUGAUGAGAUGAUUUUCUUUUUUUCCUUUUUUAUUGUCACAGUCUGGAGCAGGAGGACGAAGAUGAUGACCUAGAGUCGCCGGAGAUACUCCGAUACCUGUUUACUCAUUAUAACAGGAAUAGAAGCAGAUUCACUCUCUGAUCAGGCAUCACACAGCCAAGAUGUUUUCAAAGGUGAAGGUGCUCAUUGUCGUGCUGGGUGUGACCAGCAUGUCUGUGUUCUGGAGAGUGUACAUGACGCCGCCACGCUCGCCGCCACGCUUGCCGCCACGCUCGCCGCCACGCUCGCCGCCACGCUCGCCGCCUUGGGACGGAAUCCCCUGUGCUUGUGACAGCUGUUUAUCUGAAGAUGAUCCCUGGUUCACUCAGCGUUUCAACAAAUCUGUUGAACCGUUUCUGUCAGCAAACCACAAUCUGUCAGAGGACGCUUUCAACUGGUGGAAGCAGUUACAGGCUGAAGGACGCAGCUUCAGUACCUACAGAAGAACAGUGGACAGGCUGUUCCAGAUGUUCCCACCCAGUCCAGUUGUUAUAGAACCCAGACCUGACCGCUGCAGGACUUGUGCUGUGGUGGGGAACUCUGGGAAUCUGAAGAGAUCACAUCAUGGACCUCUCAUAGAUUUCCAUGACGUCGUCAUACGAAUGAACACUGGUCGUAUCAAAGGUUAUGAAGCAGAUGUUGGGAGCAGAACAACUCAUCGGAUCAUGUAUCCAGAGAGCGCUGUGGAUUUAGAUAACUCCACCCAUCUGGUGCUGGUUCCAUUUAAGAUACUGGAUCUUGAGUGGAUCACGAAGGCCCUCACCACCGGAUUCUCUGGAAAGUCAUACAAGCCAGUAAAGUCAAAUAUCAAGGCUAACAAGGAUUUGGUGAUGGUCAUGAACCCAGCUUUCAUGAGGUAUGUUCAUGACAUGUGGCUGCAAAAGAAGGGCAGGUAUCCAUCCACUGGCUUCCUGGCUCUGAUUCUUGCCCUGCACAUUUGUGAUGAGGUUCAUGUGUUUGGUUAUGGAGCAGACAGUGAUGGGAACUGGAGCCAUUACUGGGAAAAACUCAAAGACAGGAAGUUAAAAACUGGAGUACAUCCUGGGAAUCAUGAGUAUGGGGUCAUCCAGGAGCUAGCUAUGCAACGAAAACUCACGUUUUAUCAAGGGUGGUGAUCUUUCUCUCAGCAUUUAAAGUAUUCAGGCCAAGAAGCCUUACACAUCUCUUCUGGGACUGACUCCCUUUGCUGCAAACAUUAACUAGAUUAAAACUGUGAGUGGUGAAACAUCCAGAUCUAUGGAGAGGAAAUAAACUACAUGUAAAAUGAA